UGGAGGGAGGUGCUGGCGUGUGCGGGCCACCAUGCAGAAUCCCCUCAGGUGCAGCAGGCUGGUCCUGGCUCUCUCCCUCAUCCUGCUUCUGGAAACCGCAGUGGAAGGCUAUCCUGUGCGGAGAGCCCGCUACCAGUGGGUCCGCUGUAACCCCGACGGCAAUUCUGCCAACUGCAUCGACGAAAGGGGACCGGAGUUCAACCUGCUUCCAGAGGAAUCCAACAGGAUUCUCCCAGGGAGGACCGACCCUUUCUCCAAGUUGAGGUUCCAGAACUUGCGUGACAUCGCCCCUCUUUCCGAGGACUUUUCGGGAUCAGGCUCUGGCUCGGGAUCAGGCUCUGGCAGUGGCUUCCUUGCAGACAUCGACCAAGAAUACCAGCCAAUCGAGGAAAACGACACAUUCUUUUCCAACUUCCGCCCUCUGGAGAGAAAUCUGCUCUCCCAGGAACAGGACUUGGACCAAGAUUUAGCAGAAGCGGAUUUUCUUAUAUAAAAGAGAGGUCUGUCCAGCUGACAUCAGGCAAUGUGUUCUGUAACUUCUGUUACCACGGUUCAACGAUUACUCUUGGGAUAAAAAGGUUCUGUGCGAAUUUUAAACAUUUGAAAAAGCAGAAAUGUCCAUCACUGUUUCCUCACAGAUUUUAGAAAGUAUAUGCGCUUACAUACUUUGUUGCUAUUAUGUAUCCUAUUGUACUGGAAAAUGCCUGUAUUUCUUUCCUAACAUAUUCAGCCAAUCUACCUGUGAAGUUCACAUAGCUUCCCUGUCCAUAAAGUUGCUUUAAAGAAUAAAUUACACUUUACAACAAUUCAAGUUCAGAACCAAGUUGACAGGCCUUAUCUUUUUACCAUCAGGAAGCUGAUUCUGUCAAGGACAGGUAUGUCUCUUUUCUUAGGGAAAAAACAACAAUCAAGAUGCAACACACGGUGUGGGUUAUUUGUGUUUGACAGUGUGAAGGGAAUUAUUAUAACGUUACCAGUGGAUGUGCUCACAGAGUAGUAGGCAUUGUCAAUUUACAAGUAGGAUUGCCAUUACAGUUAGAAAAUUGAGACCUAAUAAAACACAAUAUGCUCUCAAUAGCUCACUCUACUUUACUUACCCCCAGCAUCCACCCUGCACCACCACCACCCUCCUGAAUAUCUGUGGUUUUUUGUUUGUUUUUUUUUUACUGUUAAUGCCAUUAAAGCAGAAGUAUAACCAAAGA